GAAACUUAUAAUCGAACCUUUCGAUCAAAAAAAUGUCGGAACUGCAAGCGUCGACCUAACUCUUUCAGAUGAAUUUAGAUAUUUUAUUCAUCAUAAUGGACCGGUUCCAAUUAGUGAUGAAGCCGGCGCUAAAGAUUACCAAAAGUUUUCUCGUGUAUUGAAAGUAGAGGAAGGUAAACCGUAUUAUCUUGGUCCCGGUCAAAUGUGUUUAG